AUGGAUGUUACUUUCUAUACCGACGACGGUGACAAAGGCUUCGUCGUCGAGAUUGGCUUCUUCGACACCGUUGCUGAGAUCAAGGAGAAGGUGCAGUUCUUCGCCGGUUAUCCGGUCGCUUCCCAGAAGCUCGUCUUCAACGGCCAAGAGCUGCGCGACGACGCCGACACCGAGCGCUGCGGCAUUCUCCACAACUCCUCCGUCCAAAUCCUCGUCGCUAGCGACCCUUCUUGCGCCAAGGAGGAGGAUGACGGCGACGCACUCGAUCAGACGGUGAAGGUGAAUGUGUUCGUGAGUCGGUCGUCUCCAGACAGACGCUUAUCACUGGAAGCCAGCGCCUGCGACACUGUCCACCGACUCAAAGCGCGUAUCGGCGACCUCGAAGGCAUUAUGAUGCAGGGCUUGGCGUUGCACCGCCAGGGGGAGGGGGAGGAGGAGGAGGAGGAGGGGGAGGAGCUGCUGGACCACCACACUCUGUCCGACUACAUGGCGGCGGGCGAGGUGGAGGUGACGGUGCACACGGCUGCGAGGCCGCCGCUCUCUGGGCUAGCGACGCCGGCGCCGGCUGAUCCGUACUCGAGGAGUUUGAGGCUGGUGGUGAGGCCAAUGUUUCGGCCGGCGCCGACGAAGAAGAUGUUGACGACCGUGAAUCCGUCGCGGAAAGUGAAUGAUUUGGGGAGGGUAAUGAGGGAGAAGUUUGGGGUCCAUUGGCCGAGCGAGGGUUGUUUCUUGUUCGUCCGUAACCACGUCGCCAUGGACGAGGGCAAAUCCUUCCGAUGGCACGGCGUGGAGGAGGAUGAAACCAUCGAGAUCUUUAGGGUGAUGGACGAUUAG